AUGACAGUCAUGCAGAUUCGUUCCGCGACGGGCUGUGAUGUCAUAGAACUCCAGGAGACCCGACGAGAGGGGCAAGGUUCAAUUGCACACGACGGGUACGUGAUCAUCUGGAGUGGCGCCCGUGCUGGCACCAAGGACAAGAGGGGCGUACACGGUGUGGGCAUAGCGAUCAAGGAGGCCAUGUGGGAGAGUGUGGGCGAGGAAGGUAGGACGGUGGAGUGCAUUAGCCCGAGGCUGAUGAAGGCGCGCCUACAAAUUGGCCGCACCUGCCGAGUAACUUUCGUGGUGGGGUACGCCCCCACGGAAACUGUCCGCACCACCGCGGGCGGUGAUGUUAACGCCAAGGACUCCUUCUGGACUGCUCUCGACGCAGCGAUCCGGGAGGUUUAUAGCCGUGACCAUCUCGUGGUGCUAAUGGACGCCAACGCACGCACUGGUAGGAGGCGAGAAGGGUGCUGCGAUGCCAAGAUUAUGGGCGCGUACGGACGCGACAUCAUGAACAACAACGGGGAACGACUCCUUGGACUGGCGUCAGACAACCAACUCUCCCUGACCAACACCUACUUCCGAACACCGAAAGGUGGAGUGCACUACACAUUCCAGAGCUCCAACAAGGGAAGGAGAAGUACCGCCUCGACUUCNGGCAUCAUGAACAACAACGGGGAACGAUUCCUUGGACUGGCAUCAGACAACCAACUCUCCCUGACCAACACCUACUUCCGGACACCGAAAGGUGGAGUGCAGCACACAUUCCAGAGCUCCAACAAGGGAAAGGAGAAGUACCGCCUCGACUUCAUCCUCAUGCGUCAGACGGACCGGGUUUCGUGCGUAAUGUCGCCGUCAAACAAGUCGACUUCAAAGACUGACCACAACCUCGUGCUUACGACUGUCCGCCUCCCCCCCCGUGUCGCACCCAACCGACGAGCGCGGGGGAACAGCGGAAGCAGCCGGAUCCGUAUCGACCUCGAGCGGUUGAGGAAGGACAAACACCUACGGGUCGCCUUCCAAAACAGGGCCUCCAGCCGCCCUCCGCCCACGGCGCUCAGGCGGCCAACGGGAGAGACCGCCGCCGAGCUGACGGCUACGGUGAUGUCGGCCGCUGCUGAGACCGCGCCGCUGGCGAGGUGCGCGCGAGGGCGGAGAGGCUGGUACACGAGCGAAGCGCAGCACUAGAUCUCCGAAGCGUCUAAGGAGAUAAAGGCGGCCAAGCAGC